CACGUACGGGGAAUUAAUUUUUGGUAGCUUGUCGCACUUUCGACAGAUUUGAUUUGUAUAUUUUUUUAUUUUUGUUCUUUAAAAACAUUACAAAAGUGCAACAUUAUUUCUAACAGUACACACAAUAUAAUCGCUUUUUAUCUGCUAUGAAUACGGCUUUCUUCAAUACUCAUUUAUAUAUUUCUCUUUUUCACGAAAAUACGUGCUGCAACGGUCGUUGAUAAUCAGCCAGCAAGCUAACAUGUGAGCUGUUGUGUUGAUUGGACUGACAGGUACGCCUCAUACAUAACUAAAAAACAAACAGUUAGCCUUUAAUUCUCCUAAAGAGAAAGCUUAAGAAUAUAUUAACGCUAUUUAACAAUACAUGAGUUAUUUACAUUCGUCUGAGUUUUUGCAAACAGGCUAACAUUGCAGCUGAAGUUUAGCAUGUCCUCUGUCAGCACCACAAGCCUUCAGUAGAUAUUAGCUCAGUACAAGAGGACAUACAUACAGCAGCAUUUAGUACAAAAUGUCUGCUUGUAAAAGGUUGCUUUACCUUGUAAAGCACAGGAGCUUGUGGACACAUGUGCGGAGAAAUGUCACAACAUGGUCACCUGUUGGAGCUGCUUUCAAUACCAAACCUCACAGAAGACUGAACCUGUCCGAGAAACACAAGGGUUUGUUUGGAGUGCCAGAGCUGAACUGUCCUGCAGGCUUCCAGGUUGCCACAGAAGCAGCUCUGAAAAGCACCAAGCUCCUGGUGGAAAAAGCUUGUUCUUGUGCUCCAGGGGUUGAGACUGUCGCGGCUUUUGACCAGCUCUCAGAUGGUCUGUGUAAAGUGGCUGAUCUGGCAGACUUUGUAAAAGUGGCACAUCCAGAUCCAGCGUUUCGUGAGGCCGCAGAGAGGACGUGCAUAGAGAUUGGCACAGUUGUAGAGAAGCUGAACACAAAUGUUAAGCUCUGCAAGAGCCUCAAGAAUUUGCUGGACAACCCGGAUGUUGUGGCUCAGCUGGACCCUGAUACAAGGCGAGUGGCAGAGUUGUUCAUGUUUGACUUUGAAAUCAGUGGGAUUCAUCUUGAUGAGAAACUGAGGAAGGAGGCCGUCGCUCUUCACGUGAAGCUCUUGGAUCUUAACAAUGAGUUUCUGGUUGGCUCUCACAUGCCGAACAGAAUUGCAAGGUCUGCAAUUCCUGAACACCUACACCUGCACUUUGCAAAUGAAGGAAGCUUCAUCCAAGUUGGAGGAUUACAUGCAGAUUCCCCAGAUGACUUGGUGCGAGAAAUUGCCUACCGGAUUUACCUCUAUCCAAACGCAGAUCUGAUGGAUUGUCUGGAGGAGCUGCUGAAAUGCAGAUACAAGUUGGCCAAACUGGUGGGAUAUGAGUCCUACGGAGACAGAGCCCUGAAGGGCACGAUGGCCAAAACACCAGAGACGGUGAUGAGCUUUCUUCAGCUGUUAACUGACAAGCUGUCAGACAGAACAGCAAAAGACUUCAAGAUGAUGAGGGACAUGAAGAAAAAACUCAACCCUCGUAAUUCUGAGCUCAUGCCAUGGGAUCAUCCCUUCCUCAGUGGCGUCUUGCGUGCUGAAAGGUACAACAUCGAGCCCAGCCUGUACAGUCCCUACCUGUCUCUGGGCGCGUGUAUGGAGGGUCUGAACAACCUCUUCUCUCAGCUGUAUGGUGUCUCCCUCAUGUCCGAACACCCGAACGCAGGAGAGGUCUGGAGCGAGGACGUCCGCAAACUGGCUGUGGUACAUGAGACAGAGGGAUUACUGGGAUAUAUCUACUGUGACUUUUUCCACCGGUCAGAUAAACCUCAUCAGGACUGCCACUUCACCAUCCGCGGUGGCCGCUGGUGCCAGGAAACGGGUCAGUACCAGCUGCCGGUUGUGGUGCUGAUGCUGAGCCUGCCCAACCCCACCAAGAGCGCCCCCACCCUUCUCACCCCUGGCAUGAUGGAGAAUCUCUUCCAUGAGAUGGGACAUGCCAUGCACUCCAUGCUGGGACGCACUCGCUACCAGCAUGUUACAGGAACCAGAUGUGCAACUGACUUCGCUGAAGUCCCUUCCAUCCUUAUGGAGUACUUUGCCACUGACUAUCGAGUCAUCAGCCAAUUUGCACGCCAUUAUGAAACCGGACAGCCUCUGCCCGAGAGUAUGGUGGCUCGCCUGCGUGAGUCGAAGAAGGUGUGCGGAGCCGCAGACACCCAACUGCAGAUUUUCUAUGCUGUCUUGGACCAGAUCUACCACGACAAACCUCAGAACCGCUCCACCACAGAAAUCCUCAAGGAGAUGCAGCAGAAAUUCUACGGCUUGCCUUAUACGCCCAAUACGGCGUGGCAGCUGAGAUUCAGCCACCUGAUUGGCUAUGGGGCCAAGUACUACUCCUACCUCAUGUCCCGAGCCGUGGCUUCAAUGGUGUGGAAGCAGUGCUUCGUUCAGGAUCCUUUAAAUAGGGAAAUGGGUGAGCGUUACCGUCGGGAGAUGCUGGCCCAUGGAGGAGCCAAGGAGCCCAUGCUGAUGGUGGAAGGGAUGCUGCAGAGACGGCCCACCAUUGAGGACUUUGUGGACGCGCUGGUGUCUGAGCUCAACCCAGACUUUGAGACCUUCAUCAUGGACUCUGAAAGCUGAGAGAGAGUUUUUGGCAGCAUGAAAACGGACUUCAACCCUUACGAGGGAAAGAGAAAGCACUAAUGAUACACGCAGAGGCAGAGCCAGGGGAGGUGAAACACAGGAUGCACACUCAUCAUCAUGAAGCAUUUUUACUUUGUCUGUAAUUUAAUUGUUAGCUUUUUAUAUGUUGUUGGCCUGUAUUAAAGUCACAUUGACUUAUUUUGAUAUAUUAGGCUAAAUCUGCUGUCACAAUUAAAAACUUGCUAUCAACCCUGAAAACUCCUGAUUAUCUGUAAAUGUAGAUUUGUGGGGAAUAUGAUGAGUUCUGUCCCAUUCACAGUCAUCAUGCCAACAUCUGGACUCCACUUUGUCAUCAUUAGAGGUUUUACCACAGAUAUAAAGGUAUCCUGUGCCAGGCUACAAUUUUGAGUUUGUACAUAUGUUUCUUCACUUUCUUCAGCACCCACUUUGACAAAAAUGAACAAUAGUGAAAUGCUGUUUAUGUUUUUUGCCAUGUAAGUUCAACAUAGGAUACGCUUCUAUUCAAUUAGUAGACAGAAUAUAAAUAUGCCUUUAUUCUCAUUAAUUCCACACCCAGUGUACCCUUGUUAACUAUCAGUUUUCAGCUCACAUGCUAGCAGAACAUUGUUUUUUCCUGAUUAAAUCAGCAUGAGGAAGAAUA